AUGAAAGCCCAGCCGAAGACUCUUGGAACGCCAGAGUUUGCCAACUCGAGGGCGUGCACAUCCUGCAGAGCACGCAAGACCAAAUGUGAUAGCACCCGACCUGAGUGUGGGAACUGUCGUCGCCUAGGAAUUGCUUGUGACUAUUCGUCAACCGAUGGACGAAAGUCACGUCCCACAAAGUCCGAAAUUGGCGUGUUGAAAACCCAUAUUGCCUACUUGCAGUCCCAGCUCGAAGAGUCCAAAAGGACAGUCGAUCGUUUGCAGCAAGGGCAAUUUGUCACACAGGACGCGACUGUUGCGUCUCUCGCUUUCGUCGAUCCACAAUGCAUGGCCAGCGAAAGUGCAGAGGCCUCACUUCAUCAGCCAGCACAAGAGUGGGGGCUCGAUGUGGAUGUCGACGAUUAUUUUGAUCCCCUAGAUAAAGCCGCCCAAACUGAUGCGAAAAGUCAGGGCUCAUCUUCAAAUCUCGCACAGCCUGACCCGAUAGAAGCAUUGUCCUCGGUCGUGGCCAAAAUUUACUUGGAUGAGUAUACUGGCGAGUCCUACUAUUUGGGACCGACGAGUAAUCUCCACUUACUCGGUCUUACGCCCGACAGUCAUGCCUCAUCUGAGAUGAAGUCUUCGCCAUCUACCUACAGCCAAGGCUCUGAAAGUUUUGCUUGCCCGCCAGUGCCAGCAAGCCAUUUGGCCCGAGUAUUUGAAGCAAAGGUGUAUGCGCAUUUCCCCCUUUUCAGCAAUUCUAGCACGGAUCGUUUUCAUGCCUUCCCUAUGAGCUCUAGCUUGAAAUUUCUCUCAGAUCAGGUCCUCGCCAUUGGUGCAUGGUCCCUCGAUGAACAUGAUUCAUAUUAUGGCCACCGCACCUCGUGCAUUGAAUUCUUCAAUAGGAAAUUUCAAGAGUCUCUGAGCCAUGAAAUCAAGCAUAUCUCUUUGAUCAGCGCUCAAGCUUUCCUGCUACGAAGCUACCUCCUUACGCUGAAUGGUGAAGUUGGAACAUCGACCGUUAUGCUCGGUAAGCUCAACGAUUAA